AUGUGUAAUGAACAUGAACGACAUAAAAAGGAUGUAAACAAGAAAAAAGACCGGGAAACGGAGAACGCUGAAACACAGAAGGGAAGGAAGCAAAAAAACAAACCCAGGGAUACGAGAGGGAGGAAAGGACACGCUGGAACAAGGAAACAUCGGGGAAAGAGACCCACGGGACACAGCGAGAAAGAGACCUGGAGACAGCCGGGACAGAGAAAGAAAAACCCCGGGAACAAGAAAUCACAAAGGGAACGAGAACUGGAAACCACAGGGGAACAACAAGACCAGGAGAAACGGAGACGGACAAACAGGGAACAACAAAGGAACGAGACCGGACACACAGGGAACAAGAAACACAGGGAACGAGAACGGACCCACAGGGAACAAGAAACACAGGGAACGAGAACGGACACACAGGGAACACGAAACACAGGGAACGAGACCGGACACACAGGGAACGAGAAACGGACACACAGGGAACAAGAACACACAGGGAACGAGACCGGACACACAGGGAACAAGAAACACAGGGAACGAGAACGGACACACAGGGAACAAGAAACACAGGGAACGAGAACGGACACACAGGGAACAAGAAACACAGGGAACGAGAACGGACACACAGGGAACAAGAAACACAGGGAACGAGACCGGACACACAGGGAACAAGAAACACAGGGAACGAGACGGACCACACAGGGAACAAGAAACACAGGGAACGAGACCGGACACACAGGGAACAAGAACACAGGGAACUGGAACGGACACACAGGGAACAAGAAACACAGGGAACGAGACCGGUACACACAGGGAACAAGAAACACAGGGAACGAGAAACGGACAACACAGGGAACAACAAACACAGGGAACGAGACCGGACACACAGGGAACAACAAACACAGGGAACGAGAACCUGACACAGAGGAAACAAGAAACACAGGGAACGAGACCGGACACACAGGGAACAAGAAAACACAGUGGACCGAGAACGGACACACAGGGAACAACAAACACAGGGAACGAGAACCGACACACAGGGAACAACAAACACAGGGAACGAGAACGGACACACAGGGAACAAGAAACACAGGGAACGAGACGGACACACAGGGAACAACAAACCACAGGGAACGAGAACGGACAGACACAGGGAACAACAAAAACAGGCGAACAGAGACCGGACACACAUGGAACAAGAAACACAGGGAGCGAGAACGGACCACACAUGGACAAGAAACACAGGAAAAGAGAAGCGACACACAGGGAAAAAAAAUAACAGGAAAGAAAACGAACACAACAGGGAAAUCGAAACGGAAACACCGGGAUGCGGAGAAACAAAAAACGGAAAGGGAAAGGACAGCGAGCAAGAACGAGACCGGAGUAAAGAGGGGACGACAACGAACAGCAAAAAAACCGGGGGGAAACAAAGAACAAAGCAGGGAACGAGAACGGACCCACAGAAACAUAGGAAAACACCAAGGAACGAGACACGGACACACAGGAAACAAGAAAAGACCGGAAGAGAAGGAACACAGCGGUUAUGAAGUGAAAAAAAGGGAAGAGAGUAGAAAUGUACACGCUUGGUAA